AUGUGGGAGUGGGUCAGAAGAGCUGUGCUGCACUCGCUGUCCACGGCCCUCCUGCGCCUCUGGAAGUGGCUCCGGGCUUUCUGGUACAAAAAUGGCCUCUUGACUCUCUCCAUGCUGUCGGUUGUCACUGGAUGCCUCCUGGGGUUCCUGCUGCGGGCGCUGGAGCUGACAGACCUGGAGAAGCAGUAUUUUUCCUUUCCUGGAGAGCUCCUCAUGAGGAUGCUGAAGAUGCUGAUCCUGCCCUUGAUCACCUCCAGCCUCAUGUCUGGGCUGGCCACCAUGGACUCCAAGGCCUGCGGGAAGAUGGGGGUGAUCACCAUCACCUACUACCUUUGGACAACCUUCAUGGCAGUGACCGUGGGGAUCAUCCUCGUGGUCAGCAUCCAUCCUGGUGCAGCUGCCCAGAAGGACAACUACUCUGUGGGGAAAGUGGUGCUCAGCUCCGCCGACGCGUUACUGGAUUUAAUCAGAAACAUGUUUCCUUCUAACCUGGUUGAAGCCUCGUUCCAGCAGUACCGAACUGUUCUUGUCCCGGUGGUGAAAUCUCCUGGUUUUCCAAAGAUCCCAGGAAAACCUGUUAAUUUUAUUUACUUUGCACCUGAUGACAAAAACCCUGAAAUCCACCGGCCUGUGUUCCUUGAGCUGACACCAUCACCCGAGAUGACCUACAGGACCCUGGCUGGGACCAGCAAUGAGAUGAAUGUCCUGGGCAUUGUCAUCUUCUCAGCAACCAUAGGACUUCUCCUGGGGAAAAUGGGCGAGCGAGGAGCCCCCCUGGUAAACGUGUGCCAGUGUCUGAAUGAAGCAGUUAUGAAAAUUGUCUCGAUGGCUGUUUGGUACUUCCCCUUUGGCAUUGUAUUUCUCAUAGCUGGAAAGAUCUUGGAGAUGGAAGAUCCAUCGGUUAUUGGACAGAAGCUGGGCCUGUAUGUCAUUACAGUAGUGUCAGGGCUUGCCGUGCAUGGAAUCAUCCUCUUACCUCUGCUGUUUGUGCUCAUCACCAAGAAAAACCCCUUUGCUUUCAUUCAGGGGAUACUGCAAGCCUUGCUGAUCGCCUUAGCUACAUCCUCCAGCUCAGCCACCCUGCCCAUCACCCUCAAGUGUCUCCUGGAGAACAACGGCAUCGACAGACGCGUGGCGCGCUUCGUGCUCCCCGUGGGGGCCACCAUCAACAUGGACGGCACCGCGCUCUACGAGGCCGUCGCUGCCAUCUUCAUCGCCCAGGUCAACGAGUAUGAACUGGACCUGGGACAAAUUAUAACUAUCAGCAUCACGGCCUCAGCAGCCAGCAUUGGGGCUGCUGGGAUCCCACAGUCUGGGCUCGUCACCAUGGUCAUCGUGCUCACCUCCGUGGGGCUGCCCACCGAGGACAUCACCCUCAUCAUCGCCGUCGACUGGGCUCUGGACCGGCUGCGCACGAUGACCAACGUGCUCGGGGACGCGCUGGCUGCCGGCAUCAUAGCGCACGUCUGCCAGAAGGACUUUGCCCCAAAGCCCCCCCCGCAAAACCCAAUGAGCAACACAGACAAGUUUCUUUCUGCAGAGACCUCACACCUGCAUCCCAAAGACAAGGGGAUUGAAAUGACUGAGGAAAUCCUGUUGGAUCAGACGGGAGUUCACUACAACAUCUGCCAGGUGUAG